AUGGAUUUUGGAAGUUCUGCUAUUGAUCCAUUUGACGCCCUUAGGCAAAAUGCCCCAGUAAAUUUGACAAAGACUUGCUUCAGAAUGUUACCUCAAAUGAUUAAUUCUCGUGGAUUUUCAGAAGAUAUAGAAUCUCCAGCUAAUUUUCUCAAGUAUUCAUUGCCUCUUCUGGAGCUUCAGGUGGCUAUCAUUUGCAUUGUUUACCAAGCUUUGUAUUUGAUCCUCAAGCGUUUCGGAACCACCAUGUUUGUCACACAACUUCUUACUGGCAUAAUUCUUGGUCCUACAUUUCUUGGAAGAUAUGAUUUUGUGAGACAAGUUAUAUUCCCUCAUGACAGCCAAGAAAUCAUCUGUACACUAGCUUUAUUAGGUUUACAAAUCUUCUUGUUCUUGGGUGCAGUGAAGCUGGAUACAGGAAUGAUACUUAGAACAGGGAGAGUGGUGAUGGUGAGUGGUGUGGGAGUUGUGAUGGCACCUUUAAUAUUGGGUUUGGGUAUGUUAGCGCUUAACAUAAAUGAUUUAGCAAAGAAUGGCAUAUUAGGUGAAGCUGUACUUGUGGUGAUCAUGCAAUGUUUUACUACACUUUCGAUCAUAGCCCAUGUCCUAAAUGAGCUCAAGCUUGUAAAUUCAGGAAUUGGGAGGCUUGCAUUAUCUUCAGCUUUGAUUGGCGACUUAUUAGGGUUAUGUAUUUUGUCUAUUGCAAGCGCUGUUGUGGAGAAUGCACUCACAAAUUUCCUUGCGGCUUUUGUUGGAAUCAUCUUCUAUGUUCUAGUUGCAGUAUUCAUCUUCCGGCCAGCGAUUUUAUGGGUGAUCAGAAACACUCCUGAAGGAUCACCUGUAAAUUCCUUCUACAUAUAUACCAUCUUGAUAUUGGUCAUAGCAUCUGAAAUAUAUUUAAAAAGUUUCCACCAGGUUGUAUGCAUAGGUCCUAUUGUGCUUGGGUUAUGCAUACCUUCUGGACCACCAUUGGGAUCAGCUUUGGUAGAAAAGUUAGAAACUGUUAUUGUAGGACUCUUUGUGCCUUUAAAUGUUGUUACAUCAGUAUUCAGAGCAAACCUGAGGCUCAUAUUUGUCUCCAACAAAAUCAAAUUCUAUUUGCUUUUGGUAAUUUUAAGUGUUGGAGCCAAAUUCAUAGCAUGUUUUAUACCUGCAUUGUAUUGGAAGAUGCCACUAGCUGAUUCGCUGGUAUUCUCCGUUAUUAUGACAAGCAGAGGUAUCAUAGAGCUCACUGCGUACCUACUGACAAGAGACAUUCUGCUGAUAAGUGAAGAUGUUUUCGCCUUCUUGGUUUUAUGCAUGAUAAGUAACUCGGUCCUUGUCGAAAUCAUUGUGAAAUACCUCUACGAUCCUUCAAAGAAAUAUGCAGGCUAUCAGACAAGGGAUAUUAUGAGUUUAAAGCCUAAAUCUGAGCUUCGAAUUCUUGCUUGCAUUCGCACACCAGAGAAUGUAACAUCCACCAUUGGUCUACUUGAUUCUUUUCACCCUCACAAAGAGAGACCCAUUGGCGUUUAUGUCCUUCAUCUCAUCAAUCUAGUUGGUAGAGCCAACCCAGUGUUCAUAUCUCACGAAAAGAGGAAACCAAUAUCAAAGUCCCGGUCCCACAAUGUGAUCCUUUCUUUCACUCAAUAUCAGCAAAAACAUUGGAACACUGUGUCUGUCUCUACCUUUUCAGCAAUAUCUCCAUCCAAAUUAAUGGAUGAAGACAUAUGCUUACUUGCACUCGACAAACUCGCAUCCAUUAUAUUACUUCCACUCCAUCGAAAAUGGAAUAUCCAUGGAAGUAUUGAAACUGAAGACCAUAGUUUAAGAACUGUAAAUUGCAGGGUCCUGGAAAGGGCACCUUGUUCUGUGGGGCUCUUUUUCGACCGUGGCAAACUUGGACGCCAAUCCUCAACAGCAUCACCUCUUUUUAUCUGUAUGAUCUUCUUAGGAGGUGCCGAUGAUCGUGAGGCCUUGUCUUUAGCCAAACGAGCAGUCAAGGACUCGAACGCAAACCUCACUGUCAUCCAUUUGAUUCCAGGGAAUGACAAAAAGAUGGAGUCUGAGGACAAAAAGAUUGACUCAGAUGACAAUAUAAUCGAGGUUGACGACAAAUUGGUCGACGCUUGGGCAUUGGAAGACAUCAAACAAAGUGUUACUAGCAAUGAAUUUGCAUCAAAUGUAAUAUACAGAGAGCAAGUGGUGAAAGAUGGACCCCAAGUCUUAUCGAUCAUCCGUUCCAUAGUAGAUGAAUAUGAUCUUUUUCUGGUUGGGAGACGCUAUGGCAUAGAGUCCCCUCAAACACAAGGUCUAUCAGAGUGGAUAGAGCUUCCAGAGUUGGGUGUUCUUGGAGACCUGCUUGCCUCGAAGGAUAUUGACACCAGAGCUGCUGUAUUAGUAGUGCAACAACAAAAACAGAUGAAAUGA